CCACCACAGCACUCACGACUUGGCGACCAGGCGCGUACGGACGCGUUGACGACAUUCAAGGAUCGCUGCAGCACCAUGAAAGGCUCUGAUGCCUCCUCAGAACAACUUUAAGAAGCAUCUCAAGUGGCUGUUGGACGCGAAGCCUUUCGUCCCGCCUUCUAUUCCGCUCGUUGCCUACAACCUCAACGACAACCCCAAUCCCCACACACUCGCAGAUGGACGUCCCGCUUUGAAUGACGUCGCAAUAGACAAUGAGACAGCACCAGCUGGACAGCCCGCUACCGCGACCGCUUCUUUCGUACCGCCAUCGCCACCACCCCGCGUCCUCGCUCGGACAAGGACGAUCGACAUACACAAACCGCCUGAGACCGAAGGGUUGGACGGUGCUAUGGCAAGACUGCGCGCGACACCGAGCAAUGGAAGGCCUAGACUUAUGCUAGCGGGUGUACCACCAUACACCUUGACCGCAGCCACCAGUAGACAGCAGCAGGCAGAUGAUAAUGCGCAUAGUCGUGUCUCUCAGGAUGCUCGCAGCGAUGCUGUUUGGGUCACUAGGGAGGGAUCAUCCAGUGCAGCCGAAUCUUCAACGUUGCGCAAGCACCGUGUGCAGGUCUUCGAUAUGGAGGCGAUCGACCUGACGGGUGACGAUGCGGGACCUUCAUCGCCUGUGCCGAAUAGCCUUAGAAAGGGCAAAAAAAGGAAGAGCGAUGAAUACAGGGCGGAUUUAUUGCGAGGAAAAUCGCCAAAGUCAAUAUUCAAAGCCCCGACACGCAGCCCAGACCUAUCGAUGGACGACUUUCCCGACAUCGACGAGUUCGUCAUAGCUCCAAACACCCCUAUACCAGUCAGUCCACCUCCGCCAUACUCGACCGUCGCGCUGAGCAAGGAACAGAAACAGCAAGAAGUGAUUACGACAGACAGGGAUGACGAGUCCGUGCGAUCAUCAGAGCAUGAAUUGCCAGUCGUGACAAGUCGCAAACGAAAGCCGCUAAGUCGCGUACCUUCUGAAACAUCAGCCCCAGCACGCAAGGUUGGCAGGCAAGCACGAAGCCCUCCACCGACCACAAGAGCACCUGUAGUCGAAUCUGCACGGACGCCUACGACUAGACGCGUCGGUCAUGCCGUGUUGGACUCAGAGGACGAAGAAGAAGAUUUUGGUGACUUAGAUGUCAUGGAGCUUGAUCUUUUGCCCAAACCUACUCCCUCCAAACGCACACGCAAGCAGACUGCAAGCCGGAGUCCUACAAAACCCCCUACGCAGCUACAGUUGCCAAUCCGGUCGCCAAGCAAGGAUGUCCGGAGUCGAAGCCCCUGCGAAGACAAGCAAUGUUCCAUACCUACUCCAGAUACAACACAGUCGCCUCGCAAGGAUAUACCAUAUCCGAAAACGUCGCAGUCUAGACCGCUUGCACAACCCGUGUUCUCUUCAUCUGACAUGACGAAGGAACAGAAGUUGAAAAUACGCGAGGCCAUCGGUUUUUUCCUAGAACCGAACGGCGAUCGAUAUGUCCAGUCUGUAGCUGUGGCUUGGGAGAAAGCCAAAACAGCAUUCGUGGAACAAGUCGGAUUGGAUGACCCAGAUCCGCAUGUCAAAGAGAAUCUAGAACGCUUGCGACCCAAGAAGGCUGCUGUAGAGCAGCUGACAAGGUUGAAAGGACAAUUCAAUGAGGUUGCUACAAGACGGGAUGUUAUCAAGAGACAGGUCGAGGAUGACGUGGAAAAUGGCAUUUACGAAGAUGAUUACGUAGCUCUCAGGACAAUCUCCAAAUCGCUCGAGGAUGUUGAAGUACAGAUACACCAUUAUCUCGGUGUUGCAGGCAUUCAACGACCACAAGCAGUUGGUAAGGAGCCACGAAAGCCCGCCAUCAAGGUUGAAGCUCGGCCUUACCACGUGGUCGUUCAGGCGACACAGGCGAGCCCUACUCGACGGAAGCAGAAGAUUGUUGAGUCAGGGCCCAGUCAUAUUCCACAAACGCAAUUUCCGAAUCAACGGGUGUGGUCGCCUACUCGUCAUAUACGGUUCGCUUCGGACCAAGUCCCUCCAACCCAGUCCGCUAACAGGACGAGCACUAAAGCUCAGAACAAGACACACCAGCGACAGCCUCGUUCUGAACAUGCCUCUACACGUGUAUCCGUUGGAAAUGAUUCACAUUACACGGCAGAAGAUCUCGGGGAUUACGACUUCAGCGAUGGCGAGAACAUGUUCACUGAACACAUGGGUUUAGCCCCCGACACGGCAGUUGGACGCGUCGGUGAUAUCGAUGAAGAAGAUGAUUUCGGAAUGGAUGAUGAUGAGGAUCUACUUUACGAGAUGGACAACGUGAACAACCAACAAUCUGGUCGAUUCGAUUGGAGAGGGGACAGGGCAGACGUUGCAACGCAAUCACGAGAAGUCCUCCGUGAAACGACAGUCAACACGCAUCGACAACCCCAGCCAUCUUCACCGAAACAAUCGACUAUCAGCUUGCCUGGUAAAGGGAUGUCUGGUAUGCACCACCAAUGGUCGAAGGAUGUCAAAGCAGCACUUCUUUGCAAAUUCCAUUUGAGAGGAUUUCGACUUGGUCAGCUUGAAGCCAUCAACGCGACACUGGCAGGAGAACACUGCUUUGUUCUCAUGCCCACAGGAGGCGGGAAGUCUCUGUGCUAUCAGUUACCUUCAAUUAUUCGCUCAGGGAAGACAAGUGGUGUGAGCAUCGUAGUCUCACCUCUGCUGAGUCUGAUGGAGGAUCAGGUCCAGUCUGCCAUGACUCGUUUCGGAGUUCAAGCUUGCCUCAUCAAUGGGCAAACACCCUCAGACGAGAAGAAGGUGAUCAUGGACUAUCUGGAGAAAGAGAGCGAUCCGGGGAAAUUCAUUCAACUUCUUUACGUCACCCCAGAGAUGCUCAGCAAAAACCAGCGGAUGAUGAGUGCUUUCCAGCGAUUGUACGACAGGGGGCAUCUGGCUCGUAUCGUCAUCGACGAAGCGCAUUGUGUCAGUCAGUGGGGCCAUGACUUCCGUCCGGAUUAUAAAGCACUGGGCGACGUGGUUCGACAAUUCCCUGGAGUACCGAUCAUGGCACUCACAGCCACAGCGACACAACUUGUACGCGCCGACGUGCGAUCCAACCUCGGCAUUGAGAAUGGGCGGAUGUUCUCUCAAAGCUUCAAUCGACCCAAUCUUUCAUAUGAGGUCUUGCCGAAGAGCAAGGGCAUGGUCAAAGUCUUUGCAGAUUUGAUCAAAGAGAGAUACCUCCGCAAGUCUGGAAUAAUCUACUGCUUAUCUCGCAAGAAUUGCGAAGAUGUAGCAAAGAAACUGUCGGAACUGGGUGUUCGCGCAUUCCAUUACCACGCAGGCAUGGGCGCUGAAGAGCGAUCAGAGGUUCAAAAGAAGUGGCAAAGCAACCAGUAUCAUGUCAUCGUUGCUACAAUCGCCUUUGGUAUGGGUAUCGACAAGGCUGACGUUCGCUACGUUAUUCACCAUACCAUGCCGAAGAGUUUGGAAGGUUACUACCAAGAGACCGGCCGUGCUGGACGUGAUGGAAAGAGGUCUGAAUGCUAUCUAUACUACCAGUUCGCUGAUACGAGGAUGCUUCGAAAGAUGAUCGACGAAGGCGAUGGUAGUAAGGAGCAAAAGCAGAGACUUCACGAUAUGCUACGGACCGUGGUGCAAUACUGCGAGAACAAGGCCGAUUGCCGCCGCGCGCAGGUACUGGGCUACUUCAGCGAGCCUUUCGAUCCCGCCAAAUGCAACAAGACUUGCGACAAUUGUCGAUCGGACGCGUCCUUUGUUACCAAAGAUCUGACUGCCUACGCUGCUAUGGCUUUCAAGCUCGUCAGCAAGGUGCAUGAAGACAACGUUACAAUGCAUCAAUGUGUCGAUGCUUUCCGGGGUGCCAAAUCAGCUAAGAUUAAGAAGAACGGUCUUGAGGAGUAUGGUUGGGGUUAUGGUGCUGACCUGGAGCGUGGUGAUAACGAGCGAAUAUUCCAGUGUCUGCUGGAAUCCACAGCCCUCAAAGAAAAGAGCAUUGUCAACAAAGUCGGUUUUGCAACAAAUUACCUUCAUCCUGCCACCAUUCGAAAUGACUAUGAGACCAAACGCAAACAACUUAAGCUACAGGUCCGAGCAUCGCCUACGAAGGCUCACGUCAAAAAGAGACCUACAAAGAAGCAGCAAACGGAUUAUCCAUCCACGAAUGUUUCCUCGCCUGUCCGCACAACGAAGCGGAAGAUACAAGACUAUGCAUAUCAGCAACAGCACUCUGAAAGUGACAACGAGCACUUCGCAAAGCCGCGACAUGCCACACGUGAUCAGAAGAGUCGUAGUCGUCAUCCUGAGAACUUCAAUGACGAGUUCGCGCAGGUGCGUGUUGCGAAACCGCUGCGUACGGCCAAACCGACCAAGGGUCUGGGCAAGCCUAUCACUGAGGAUCAAAGAAUGGUUGGCCUUGACGAGAUGCAGCAAGACGUGUUGCAUGACUUCCUCAAUGGCGCGAAGAAAUUGAGACAGGAUCUCAUGACAAACAACGGCCAUCGCCAGCCGAUCUUCUCAGACACGGUCCUUCGAGAGAUGGGUCUUUGUUUACCCCCUGGCCUGGAAGACAUGAAGGCCAUACCCGGGAUAAAGCCGGAGAUGGUUGAUCGAUAUGGUCGAAAAUUCAUGCUUUUAAUCAACAACACGAGGGAUAUGUACGGUGGCAUUGCUCCUGCUCCACGAAGUCACGCACCUCAGCGUGCUGACGACUUCUCGGGCGAUGACUAUGAGGAAGAUGAUGACGAGCAAGUCUAUGAUCCGAAUCACCAGGAAGUCAUCGAUCUGUGCUUGGAUAGCGAUGAUGAUAUCCCACCAGCCGUUGAGGAAUCUGAGAGCGACUACUCGUACGGCGAGAGCGAAGACGACGAGUCUUUACGCAGAAGUCACCACUUCACACAGCCAAUUGAUCCAGAGGUUGAGGAAUUCAAUAACAGGCUGACCCAGACUAUGAAUGCAAAUGCAGCAAAUUCCAAGGCCAUAGCAUCCAGGCGAGUUCCCAGAGCUCCAUCGUCUGGAUCGAAGAAAAGAGCCUUCUCAAGAAAAUCUGGUGGGAGCUUUGGCAAAGGAAGCUUCUCAGGGGUAAGGAAACGAGCUUCUUCUAAAGCCACAGGCACCAAAGCGGCUGCUGCAUCAAGAAGUGCCGCUAGUGGAGCACCCCAUAGAGCCGGCACAGGGGCAAGGGCAGGGGGUGCGGGAGCGGCAGGUGGAGGUGGAGGAAAUGGAUGGAGCGCAAUUAUGGGCAUGCCCACUUGA